AUGGCCGACGAUCCCAAUGGCGAGGCCGCGGGCAUCGCGUUCCUCGAGGCGAACAGGGCCAAGCCCGGCGUCGUGUCGCUGCCGACGGGCCUCCAGUACAAGGUGCUCGUCGAGGGCGCGGGCCUCAAGCACCCGACGGUCGACUCGCCCUGCGAGUGCCACUACGCGGGCAUGCUGCUCGACGGCACGACCUUCGACAGCUCCUACAAGCGCGGCAAGCCGAGCACCUUCGCGCCGAACCAGGUCAUCAAGGGCUGGACCCAGGCGAUGCAAUUGAUGGUCGUCGGCGACAAGUGGGAGAUGUACAUCCCCUACGAGCUCGCCUACGGCGCCAACGGCAAGCCGCCGAAGAUCCCCGCCAAGGCCAUGCUGAUCUUCGUCAUGGAGAUCGUGCGCAUC